AUGGGAUAAAACGAAGUGAAACCACUCAAUCAGAGAUCAAUAUAUUUUGGUUAGACAGAAUGUCCUAAUAAGAAUAAGUGUAUUACUAGUAUUAUGAGAAAGGCCUAGCAAGAAUAUGAGAAAUUUGAUCCUUAAAACACUAAUUGUUCAUAAAAUAAAUAGCAAAAAGAAAACAAUAAUACCAGCACUGGAAUGCCUUACCAAGGAUAAGCAACAAAAAUAACGAAAAUAAAAAGUGCUGUUAGUCCGAAUUAAAGUUUUGUUUUAGGAGAUCGCACUAAUAUGUUAAAUAAUCUAAAUUCACAUAGAAACCAAUAAAAUAAUGGCAGUUUUAGUAGUCAAAAUAACAGUAUUUUUAUUCUAAAAGAUAAAGCAGGAUUUCCUAAUAAACACAAUUAGUCGUUAAAUGAGAGUUAACUGUCUAACAACAAGGAACCUCAUAAUAUAUCUGCUCGUAUGGGAAGCAGAAUGAGUAGUACCCAUUAGUAAUCGUAGCUUGGCUCAAACUUAAAUAAUGAGCAAACUCUUAAAAAAAUGGCUUAGAAUACAUUUUAAUAGCUUAACAACAACUAGAGAUACAAAAGAAUUUUAGAAGAAGAGGAAGAUAAGAGCGAUUUUGGCAUGGAAACAAAAUAAAAAAAUGAUAGCUUUGAAGAAAAUAAUUAAAUAUCUAACUUUCACAAAUAGGUAACUGACACAAUUUAAAAAGACCAAAUGAAUAAUUCAAUGCAAACUCUUUAUAGAGAAUCUGUAAGAGGGAGAAAUAACCUUAACAACACAAGCAUGGUUGAGCGCUUUUCAAUAAGCUCAGUUUAACGCAGAAUAAGUACCAGAUAUGAUAAUAAGGAUAAUGAUAUGUUUUCAGAAGGAAUGAUGCUACGCAAGCAGGCCUCUAAAUAAAACACCAUAAACUAAUCCAAGAAGAUUAAAGUAAACUGCAACUUUAUGGAAUAGUUCAUUAAACUACCUGAGAUAGCUUAAAAAAAGAUUUUCUACUUUUUAUUCGACGAACAAAAUAAUUUACGUUUAAUAAACUCUCUCUUUUAUUAUAAAAUAAAUGAAAUUUUGGAAUAAGAAAUGGUUGCCUUAGAUAAUUCCUUUAUUAAGAGCACCAUGGCCAUUCUUUCAUUCAAAGAUAGCUAUUUGACUUAAGAAAGAGUGUAAUUCAAAGAUAUAAAAGGGGUUCGUAUGGAUAGACAUAUUAUUGCUGAAGUUCUUCCAUGUCUAAAAGGCUAUAGCACCAAGAUAUCGUUCAGUUACAAGUAUGCAAGUACAUUUUCAAAUAAAAAAAGAAAUUAACGUUAUUUCUGUGAAUAUUAAUUUGACUCAGUUGAGGAUAGAAAAGUUGUGUGGGCUUUUAAAGAAGAGUGUAGACAUAACUUUGAUUCAAACACACCAACUUUUGUUCAGCCUAUAACUGUGUCAAGAGUUGGAGACAAUAUUAAAAUUUAAAUUAAUUUUUAUGGCCUUGCAGGAAUGAUAGAUUUAAAAACAAUUGUCUGGAAUGAACCAUAAUUUACUCCUAUUCCUAAAAUCCCUAUAAUGCUUGAUCCUAAUGAAAUUUAAGAUUAUGACCCAAACAGAAUUUGUGAAAUAGAAUACUUGUACACUACAUGGUUUUUGUAUAGCUAUUUUUAAAAUGAGUAAAAAAUAAAACUUGAUUUCUUUGAGCCAUAUUUAUAUCUUAAAGAAACUCGUUGUGCCGGAGUAGAUGUAAUUACUUCAAAGUUAAUCUUUUAAGCUAAAUAACCAGGGUUCGUUCCAAAAAGCUUUGAAAAUUUUGGUGUUAGAAUUAAAGUUGUACCAAAGGGAGAAGAAGCUGUCUGCCAAGUCAAAAAACUUGGUAUUUUCUCUGAUUAAGAAAAUCAAAUAGAAUUAAGAGUUGGAGACAUUUUUGUCUUUUAUAUCUCUAAAGGAGAUUGA